AUGUUCUUCAAGUCUGCUAUCCCUGAUUUGUCCCCAUCUUUUGUUUUUAAUUACCAAGGCUAUUUGGUUGGUGCAGAUGUUAAAUUGGAUUGUACAAAUCAAAUUUUACAAAAAGCUAAUUUUUCUGUCGGUUACACAGUACAAGAUUUUAGUUUUCAUGGUUUAAUUACAAAUUGGGGUAAACAAUUUUCAGCCAGCAUCUUUCAACGUAUAACUGAUCGACUGCAUAUAGCGGGUUCAAUUACAUGGAAACGUGUCCCAGAUGAAACUGUUUGGGCUGUUGGAUCACAAUAUAUAUUAGAUAAUCAGAAAAAGCAUUCUGUGAAAUUGAGACUAGAUCAUUUAAAUCAGAUCAGUUUGGCUUUACAACAUAUUUAUCAAAAAGUCUUCAAUUGACAUUGAGUGGAGUUUUCAAUGGUCCAGAUUUGACAAAAAUGGGUAUUGGUUUAGAAUUGAAUGCUUAAAACAUUUAUGAACAUAUUAAUUUUCUAUGAAUUAAAAUCAAACAAUAUAACUAUGUAUCAAUUAUAGAUGUAAAACAAUUAUGAAUGAAUUAGUUCACUUUCUCUU